GUUUUUGUCUCUUGUAAGAAACCAUCUUUUUAAAUCAGGUUUGUCCAUCAAAGAUCGGAAAUCUCUCAACGCCUUCUCUGUGUGAACCUCGUCCGUUUCCGAAAGUCCUCUUCAUGAUCCUUCUUUUCUCUUCCGAUACCUCGGUCCAAUAAUUAGAGCAACUCUUCCUCUUAUCCACACUACUAUCAUUUUUGUCCAUUGUUUGUCAUCGCUCCCUCCUCAGAUCAACCUUUUUUUUUUCUCUCUCCAUAUUUGUAUAAGUUUCUGGUAGAUCCCCAUCUGCUUAACAAAAGCGAUUCUCAAUCCGCAUAAGUGGAAUUGGGAUCAGUUCAGUUGUCUGGACUUCAGAUUCGUUUGAGUUUGUGCAGUUAAAGCAGAACAGAGGAAUCAUUUUUUAUUUUUUUACGAAUUUGCUUCAAGAGAUGAGCUUGAGAGCAACAGAGGAAGGUUCAGCUCCAAAGAUUCAAAUCCCAGCAGAUGUGGAUUGGCAUAUGCUUGACAAAUCAAGAUUCUUCUUCCUUGGAGCAGGUCUCUUCUCAGGUGUGUCGGCUGCUCUCUACCCAGUUGUGGUGCUCAAGACGAGGCAACAAGUCUCACACGCGCAGGUCUCUUGCUUCAAGAUGUCGUUCUCCAUCAUGAGGCAUGAAGGCCUGAGAGGAUUUUACAGAGGGUUUGGGACGUCCCUGCUGGGCACAAUCCCAGCGAGAGCCCUCUACAUGGCUGCCCUUGAGGUCACCAAAAGCAGUGUUGGUUCAGCCACUGUGAAGCUAGGGCUCUCAGACACCAGUGCCUUGGCCGUUGCCAAUGCUGCGGCAGGGGUAAGCUCAGCCAUGGCUGCUCAGCUCGUGUGGACCCCAGUCGAUGUGGUGAGCCAGAGAUUAAUGGUCCAAGGCCAAAAAAAUGGCUUCACUAGCAAAGGGAGCUUAAUUGGUCAAGGGGGUUUUGGUUCUUGUAGGUACAAAAAUGGUCUUGAUGCAUUCAAGAAAAUACUAUGUGCUGAUGGUCUGAGAGGCCUAUACAGAGGAUUUGGGAUUUCAAUUUUGACAUAUGCACCUUCAAAUGCAGUUUGGUGGGCUUCUUAUUCUGUGGCCAAUAGGCUCAUUAGAGGUGGUUCUGUGGGCAAAAGUGGUGAAAGAAGCCGAAAAGACUGCUCUUCUUAUGGCCUUUCUUUUGGGGCUGAGUCAAGGUCAAUGCCGACGGUGGCCGUGCAGGGUCUGAGUGCAGCAAUGGCAAGUGGGGUUUCAGCAAUAAUCACCAUGCCGUUGGACACAAUCAAGACGAGAUUGCAAGUGUUGGAUGUAGAAGAAAAUGGCAGAAGAAGAGCACUCACUACUAUGCAGGCUGUGAGGAGUUUGGUAAGGGAAGGUGGGUUUAGUGCUUGUUACAGAGGGUUGGGACCAAGAUGGGCUUCGAUGGCCCUGUCUGCAACAACCAUGAUCACCACCUACGAGUUCCUGAAGAGAUUAUCUGCUAAAAACCAAGAAUGCUUCGGUUCUUGAUUGAAGGAUUAAAUUGAAGCAGAACAAAUGAGAUCGCAUAAACUCUUCUCUUUCCUUUUCAGAUAGAUAUUCUCAGAUUUCCUUUUAGAUAGAUGUUCCCAUAAUGGCAUAGAGAAGAGGGCUCGCCGAAUGUAAAUCAAUGAUUCGAUCAAUUUUAGCAAUUGGGAUUUUAUC